AUGCCCUAUAAAAUUGGUCUAGUUGGUUUGCCAAACGUUGGAAUAAUGAUGCUAACUGACUCCCGUUUAGAAAAAUUAAGUAAAUAUUAUCAGAGCCAAAAAACCACUCCGAGUGUAGUUGAAAUUAUUGACAUUGCUGGUCUGGUAAAAGGAGCCGCCCAAGGCGCUGGGUUAGGCAAUGAGUUUUUGUCUCAUAUUCGGGAAGUGGAUUUAAUCUGCCAUGUUUUACGCUGUUUUACUGAAAAAGAAAUAAUUCAUGUGGAAAAAACGGUCGAUCCUAUCCGUGAUUAUGAAACAAUUCAAUUAGAGUUAAUUUUGGCUGACUUACAACAAUUAAAAAAAAGACUAGAAAAGUUAAAAAUUAAGGAUGAAAACUCCCAAAAAGAAAAGGCUCUUCUCCAUUUAAUUCAAGAAAACUUAGAAAAAGAAAUCCCAGUUAGCCAAAUAAAUUUAAAAGAAGAAGAAAUAAAAGUAAUAAAAACUUACAAUUUCCUAACUAGCAAACCUUUUUUUUUAUUAGUUAAUUUUAGUGGAGACCAAACCGAAAUUAAAAACUUGAAAAAAUACGCUAAGGAAAAAAAAUUAUCUUUCUUACCGCUAGCAAUUAAACUAGAAAAAGAAACUGAGAAUUUGUCAGCAGGAGAAAAAAAAGAACUGGGUUGA